AUGUCGGACGAAUAUUUCGGAGUCGGCCCAGACUCAGACCAGGUCCAGAGACAGCUAGACUUCAGCACAAACAUGUGGCCGAACCAAGGUCCAGGAUGUCCCCCGAACCCUGCCUUCCCCCCCGGGUAUAACCCUGCCUACCCCCCCACUGCUCCAGGGGCCUACCCCCCCACUGCUCCAGGGGCCUACCCCCCCACUGCUCCAGGGGCCUUCCCACAGCCGGGUUACUCAGCUCAGUACCCUGCAGGGAUGACCCCCAAUCUGUUCCCUGCAGCCAUGCCUUACGGGGCCCCUGGGGGCCUCUUUCCUGCAGGUCCAGGCGGAUGUGUCCCCCCUGGAUCCUACCCACACUCCCCCAAAGGGCCUCACAAGGGCCACAAAGACCACAAGGGCCACAAAGACAAGGGCCACAAAGACCACAAGGGCCACAAAGACCACAAGGGCCAUCACAGUGGGGGGGGGUUCCCCAUGGGGGGCAUGGGGUAUCCCGUGGGUGGAGGGGGGUUUCCAAUGGGGUUUGCAGCAGGAGGAAUAGGACACAAAGGCCAAAAGAAGUUGAAGAAGUUGAAGAAGAUGAAGAAGGGACACGGACACAAACACGGAGGAAAGUCCUCGAGCAGCAGCAGCAGCAGCAGCAGCAGCAGCAGCAGUGACUGA